AUGCGCAAAAGCGUGACAGUGUUGAGCACUGGGCAUCAUGCGUCGUAUCCCAUAGCUAUUGCUGCAAUGUGGCGCGCUUUGUUGCCAGACUACACCAUCCAACUUGAGGAUCAUUCUUUCGACAAUCGCUACUGCAGCCUCCAUGGAACUUGCUCCACCGAUGAACGCUUUGCCUGGCUCGGAGAGCAUUUGAGAGGCACGUUGGUGCGUACAUGUGGUGGUCAUUACCUCAAGGGCUUCAAGGAUAUUGGGCAAUUGGCAGAGCAACUCUUUGACCUUCUGAUGGAAGGUCCAGACUCUCCAGCACUUCGAGCAGAUUUACUGCUGUGCACACACCCACCGUAUUCGUGCCGACUCUUCUUGCCAUUUGUCAAUCGCCUUGGCCUGCCGCUUCUGGGCUUCUUUGGCGGCACCUUGGAGGCGCAUGUUCCAGAAGAGGGAAUAGAGGCUUGGCUCAAAGACUUUAGCGACAUGGCACACAACCCCUUGGUGCAAUUUGCUGCCAUAUCUCCGUUUUUGGCAGAGAAAAUGCGAUACCAAUCAGGUGCGCCAAUCCCUGCCGUGCGAGGAUUUGGGUUUCAUGUCAUUCAGCAGGGGGGAACAUACCUACCCAGGCGAUGGUCAGAAGUCCUGCUUUGGAAAGGUAGCAGUGAGUGUGAAGACAACAAGGAGGCUUUCAGCAAACUGAUUGCCACCAUUUCGGAGACCACUGAAGGGCCUGAGACUCUCCGAUUUCUACACCUUCACGCGCUGCGAAAGGCUGAUGGGGCACCCUACUCGAGCAUCGCUUCCUUCAGAGCUGUGGUCUUUGUUCCUUAUGAGGUACUGCUGAUGACGUUUUACGAGCUUUAUCAUGUUGCGAUACCUCUGUUCAUUCCAGUCAAGGAGCUCGGAGCAUUUUACAUGUACCGUGGUCCAGUGUUGCUACCUCAGAAGAACACAUGUACAGGGCUUCUUCAAGGAAGUUUCCCCUCAGGCGGAGGGCAGCUUCCUUGA